AGUGGUGGCAGCGCCUGGGGAGCAGGCGGAGGCGGUGACCGCGACGGCCGAGACAGAACCAAGCGCCGAAAGGAGGGGUUGUAGAAAAGCAUCCGCCUUGUAGGACCUACACGAGGUGCAGGAGUGGCCAAACCUCUCUUUUCAACCUCAGAGAACACCCCGAGUGAUGGCGGUGGUGAUGGCGGCGGUUACUCGGACAGCUAUAGUUGAGCUGCGCUCCAAGAGAUACAUCCAGAAAGUGCCCAGAAGAAACUUCCUGCCAGAAAAACUGAAAAAGCAGUAUUUAUAACACUGGAAUUUGUGGAUAAUUUGUUACAAUGGCUGAAAAUAUUGAAAGUAAUAGUAAAAAUGUAGAUGUAAGGCCCAAAACUAGUCGGAGCAGAAGUGCUGACAGAAAGGAUGGUUAUGUAUGGAGUGGAAAGAAGUUAUCUUGGUCAAAAAAAAGUGAGAGUUGUUCAGAUGCUGAAACGGUGGAUACUGUAGAGAAAAUGGAAGUUCCUUUAAGGAGCCAAGAAAGGAAGCACAGCUGUUCAUCCAUUGAGUUGGACUUAGAUCAUUCCUGUGGGCAUAGAUUUUUAGGCCGAUCUCUUAAACAGAAACUGCAAGACGCUGUGGGGCAGUGUUUUCCAAUAAAGAACUGUAGUAGUCGGCACUCUUCAGGCCUCCCAUCUAAAAGAAAAAUUCACAUCAGUGAACUCAUGUUAGAUAAGUGUCCUUUCCCACCCCGAUCAGAUUUAGCUUUUAGAUGGCAUUUUAUUAAACGACACACUGUUCCUAUAAAUCCCAAAUCAAAUGAAUGGGUAAGCACAGACUUGUCUCAGAGUGAAUUGAGGGAUGGCCAGCUAAAACGAAGAAACAUGGAAGAAGAUGUAAACUGUUUCUCACAUACCAAUGUUCAGCCAUGUGUCAUAACUACCAAUAAUGCUUCGUGUAGAGGUGGUUCUAUGACUGGCUCUGUAAUAAACCUGGUUUCCAAUAACAGUAUAGAAGAUAGUGAUAUGGAUUCAGAUGAUGAAAUUAUAACACUUUGCACAAGUUCCAGAAAAAGAAACAAACCCAAAUGGGAACUGGAUGAUGAAAUCCUACAGUUGGAAACACCUCCUAAGUACCACACCCAGAUUGAUUAUGUCCACUGUCUUGUACCAGACCUUCUUCAAAUCAAUAACAAUCCAUGUUACUGGGGAGUUAUGGAUAAAUAUGCAGCUGAAGCGCUACUGGAAGGAAAACCAGAGGGAACCUUUUUACUUCGAGACUCAGCACAGGAAGACUACUUAUUCUCUGUUAGUUUUAGACGCUAUAGUCGUUCUCUUCAUGCUAGAAUUGAACAGUGGAAUCACAACUUUAGCUUUGAUGCACAUGAUCCUUGUGUCUUCCAUUCUCCUGACAUUACUGGGCUCCUAGAACAUUAUAAAGACCCGAGUGCCUGUAUGUUCUUUGAACCACUUUUAUCCACUCCUUUAAUUCGGACUUUCCCCUUUUCCUUGCAGCAUAUAUGCAGAACAGUUAUUUGUAACUGUACAACUUAUGAUGGCAUUGAUGCCCUUCCAGUUCCUUCUUCUAUGAAAUUAUAUCUGAAGGAAUAUCACUAUAAAUCAAAAGUUAGAGUACUCAGGAUUGAUGCACCAGAACAACAAUACUAGGAAAAGGGUAGGAACGUCUAAAUGAUUAUAUAUACAUGUUUUCAUUUAAAGCUUAUGGUUCUUGUUCUGCCACUUUGAAUUUUUCUACAAGGGCAGUUGGAGUCCAAAAUAAACCUCUGCCCAAAGUCUUACUUCCAAAUCAUUUUAUGUUUCUUGCAAUGCACUUAUUGUUUGAGGUUACACACUAGGGUUAAUGGAUAUUUUUGACCGGGUGUUUGGUUUUUGUUUUUACCAUAGAUUGUAUACUUAAUUUUUUUUUUCUUAAUUCUAAUUUUUAUAUGAUACAGGCAUAUUUGAAAUUUGAUAGGCAGUGCAAACACAGAUGAAUAUUUUGUUUUUAUACUUUCUUUAAAAAAAAAAAAAACCUAUGUCCUUCCUACAUGUAAAAUGUUUUGUUACUAUAUACCAUUGGUAUUCUUAUACAUGAAAUAAGAGUUUCCCCAUCCCAUAUGCAAUGAAUUGUUUUAAAAUUCUUCGGUAAAGCUGAAUGUGUUGUAAUUCACAACUCAUAUUAAACAUAACUGACUUUUAUAAUUUUCUAAUAGGAACGUUAAAGGUAGCAAGAUGGUUUAAAGUCAAAGUUAAUGAUGUGUCUUCAUUUUAAAUAUUAACUGGAAAACAGGAUUUCUAAAUUUGGUUGAUGUAGUCAGUGAGAAUCAAAUGAGAACAUGACAUUUUGGAGAUGCAUUUAUUCUUCUACAAUGUGGCAGGGCUGUUUGUUAUUUUUGAAUAAGUCUUUCUCUCAACCUAGAAGAGUUAAGCCACCUUCAAAACAAAUAUUGUUUCUUUCUCACUGGAAGCUUUAAAAAUAAUAAUAACAGUAUUAGUAACUUAGUAGUUACUUAAGUACUUAAGAAACUGUUGGAAUUUUCUGUAUUUACUUAUGAACUAUUGCAUCUACUUAGCUGUUUUACGGAAAUUCUGAAUGUGUUACUUUGAGGAGAUUCUAGUUUAUAAACAGCCAUAAAUUUCCACUGGUAACCAAAGAGUACCUAAGUGAUUUUUAAUUAUUUUAAAUUAAACUUGAGUAAAGAUUCAAGAAUUAAAUGUAAACUCACUAUUCAGGAAGCUUAAAAUUAUUUUUAUCUUCAAGUUUCAGAUAAAGAUUCCUAUCUUCAGAAUUACAUCUUUAACAUGGCCUCAAAAAAAAGGAAAACCUUUUGACAGCUACAUGGUUUAUGUCAUACCAAACAGUACUGGGUAACAAGGGCAAUAUUUUUAAUUUACUAUCCCAAGAACAGAAAGCAUUUUUAGAAACAUCAGCAGCCCAAUAUAACCAAUAAAGAUAGAUGAAGUGAUAUCCUAUCUUUUUUAUGAUUUAUUUUAUUUUUGUUGUUGAGACUAUACACAGCAGAACAUAGACCAACAAUUUCUACAUGUACAGUUCAGUGACAUCGAUUACAUUCUUUGAGUUGUACAACCAUUCUCACCCUCUGAAUUGUUCCUUCCCUGUUAACAUGAACUCACUGCCCCUUAAAUUUCCUAUCUAAUCUCUCAUGACAUUUUUUAAAGAAUCGAUGAGUAAUAAAUAAAUUUCUUAUUCAUACUCCUAGGCAGUUACCCAACCUUUCUUUUGGUGAUCUGUCUGCCCAUCAGUAAAAUCGGCAUUUUUAAUAUAGUAAUUGAUUUCUUGAUGUUGGUUUGGCUAUUUUAGGAAGCUGCUUCUACCUGGAUUGAAAGAAAUUAGAUUUAGAAAUUUCCAAGUUAGAGUGAUGUUUCGUCAUUAUCAUUACUUUAUUUUAUGUUGAAGUAGCAUUUCCUUAUUUUACAGUUCUGCUGUUAACAUAAAGAUGGCAUUUUUCAGUAAUAGCUUUAAAAUAAAAUGUUAGCAAUUAUUACAAAAGUAAACCAGGAAAAUCUCUGUUACCAUAUUUUCUAGCAUUUUUUUCUCAGUGAUCUCUAGAUUGUCUUGAUCUCGAUGAGAGGUAGCUAUUAAAAUGGCAUCUCUUAGCAGAGAUGAGGCCCAGAAUAUCAUAACACCAAUGUCAAGUUAAAUAACAUCUCUUCUAAAGAUGGUAUUUAUGUUUUACAAAGGUAGAAAAGUCUGAUACUACCUCAUCUUUAUUGUGGCAUUUUGUAGAUCACUGAGAAGCUUAUUAACCAAUAUAACACUUCCUAAAUAUCCACCUUUGGUGAAAGAAAAGUGAAAUUAGUAGUAUGGUUUAAGACUAUCUGUGGUUAUAGUUUUUUAUCAGAAUUUGAUAAGACUUUCUGUUUCUGUGAAACAAUUAUUUUAGAUACUUUUCUUUUAAAAUAACUUUUUAUUAGUACAGAAAAACCUAAGGGAAGACUAGCUAAUGAAUAUUCUGUUAAAGGGUAGUUUUAUAAAGAAAAAAGAAAUAUAAUUAUGUUGUCUUUUAUAAUGGUAAAAAUUAGUGUUUAUAUGAAAGUCAAGAUCUAAGUAGGUUUUCAUAUAAUUCAAACUAGUUGCUGUGAUAUAUUUUCUCUGAUUUUCUUAUUUUUUUCAACUUUAAGAUAUUAACAGCUGUUAACAUUUUCAAAAUACUGCCAUAUAUGUAGCUUUGAAGUAGAUCUAAUAAAUGAGAGGGAAAGAGACUCAUUUACUCUGAAAUGGUUUGUAUUUUUCCUUUGUUACAAUGAAAAGAAAUGUGGAAAGUAGAAAUAUAAAGACUUGAGAAGGGAAUCAUUUACCAUGAAGGGAAAAGAAAAGAGUAAUAAUAAAUUAAUUUUUAAAAAAUCUACAGAAUUGGAAUUUAGAAAGGCUAACCCCUUUCUCUGACUAAGUUGGACAUUGUGGAUAUUUGAAAAGUGUAAAUUCCAGCAUUGAGAGAGCAUUCAGCAUGGUGGAAAUGUGUAGAGCUUAUUGCCAAGAGAGGAUGAAGCUAAAAGAAACAAGAUAAAAUAUUAAAAUUCAGAAUUAAGGCAUUACCUCUGGGAAAAGCCUUGACAGUGAAAGCGAACUACUUCAUCGCUAAUAGCUAGUCUGGACUAGACACUUAACUGUGCUUUGGGAAUAAUCCUGCACUAAUCAGGAAAUAAACUUGAAUUUUCUAUUCUCUGAAGCUUUUUAGGACAUAUCCCUUCCCUUCUCCCACCCCCAUUUUUUAAGCUGUAACAUCUUGAUGCAUACUACAAUUUCUUAAAUAUGCUGAAUAGAUUUUUUUAGGUUCCUUGAACAUUUUUGUAUGAAGAGUUAUAUGUGAUCUUUCUAUAACCUGCUAUUAAAUAAUUCAUAGAGGGAAUGCUUUAAUUUAAAGGAAGACCUAAUAGGAAGAAGAUUAAAGGAAGCUUUUAGUCAGCCUGUGGCUAGAUUUAUUGAUUUGGUGAUCAAACCUGUGUUCUUUCCUGAAUUUCAGCUAAUGGGCAACUGUGGUCAAAGAAUGGCUUUCAGUUAAAGUUUUGAUUUAUUAUAAAUAAUACAAAGGAUGUCUUAGUAAUUAGAAAUCCUUUAAAAAGUAGAACAAAAGUGGCAAAUAGGACCCAUAUCGUUGUAUAAAUUCUUUUUAUAGGAAGAACACAUAAACCAUUAUCAUUUAUUCAUGAGCCAAAGCCAUUAAGAAGACAAACCAAGUUAUCAGCUUCCUGUCUCUCUUUGGUUCAGUUUAUAGAUCCACAUAAUAGAGGACUUCCUUCCUAUGAAACAAAAACCUUGAGCUCUAACUCCCUUAAACACCUACUUUUCUUAAAAAUGUAUUUUUGUCACUUUUAGCUAUAAUCAGAGUCCAUUAAAUGGCUUACAUAUUGAUUUUGGUAGAGCAGGUUUCACAGGAAAGUAGACUUAAUUAUAAAAUUUAUUCCCUGGAAAUAACACAAGGAAAACAAAAUUUUACAUGUAAAUUAGACUGUGUAUGUAAUCUUAGGUAAUUUAAUGCCAAAAUGAAUUAAAGGUUUUAAGUCAAAUUAUUUCUACUUUGGGAAAAAAAAUGUUUACAAUUUUUGUUUUAACAAUUAGUUUUACGCUCAUUUUUAUUUCUAAAGAAAGAAAGCACAAAGGAUUUUUUUGUUUUAACGGCCUACUAGAAAUACUGAGCAAUGCUACAAGGGUCUGUCUAUACUAUGCUAAUAUGUUAAGAUACUGGUCACAAAAUUGAGGUAACUUAAGUAGAAAUGUAGACUAAAGGAUAUAACCCAAU